UGGUGUAGUUAAAGCAGCCACUGCUAAAGCGGCGACAACAUCCACAGCAGCUGCUGCCACAAAAACGUCAUCAACAACGUCAGCAGCGACAACAACAUCAGCUAAAAAUCAUCAUCAGCACAAUAAUAAAGUCACUCAUCACCGACCACAACAACAAAAAGCUCGCAAACCAUCUCAGAGCCACGACUCCACUGCUGCUGAUGAUGAUGACGACGAAGAAGAAGAUGAUGAUGAUGAGAGUAGUGAUGAUGAUGAUGAUGAUGAUGAUAAGAGUGAUCAUAGAACUGCUCAGGAAAAAGCCAGAGAUAAGGCUUUAGCUAGGAUCAAGAAGCGGAAGGAAAUGGCGGAGAGUAAAAGAAGCGUGGAUCGCCUGAGAGCGCCCGUCGUUUGCGUAUUGGGCCACGUCGAUACCGGGAAAACAAAGAUACUGGAUAAGUUAAGACGUACGAACGUACAAGAUGGCGAGGCUGGUGGUAUCACCCAACAGAUUGGCGCCACUAAUGUACCACACGAGGCCCUUAUGCAACAGACUAAAAUGUGCAAAGACUUACAAGUUAAAAUACCUGGCCUUCUGAUAAUUGAUACACCUGGCCACGAAUCUUUCAGUAACUUGAGAACCAGAGGGUCAUCACUGUGUGACAUCGCCAUAUUGGUUGUUGACAUUAUGCACGGGUUGGAACCGCAGACGAUCGAAUCUAUAAACAUCUUGAAACAGAGAAAGACCCCAUUCGUUGUGGCCCUCAAUAAAAUCGAUCGCUUGUUUGGCUGGAUAACCAAUCCGCAUUCAGAUGUCACCAACCUGCUGAAGAAGCAGAAGCAAAAUACGAAGCUGGAGUUCGAUGAGAGGACCAGUCACGUGAUUGUUCAGUUUGCCGAACAGGGUUUGAAUGCACGCCUUUUCUACGAGAACAAAAAUCCUCGCGAGUACAUCUCUCUCGUUCCCACGUCCGCCAUGACGGGGGAUGGAAUUGGAAACCUAAUUACACUAAUUUGCGAACUAACUCAGACACUGUUAGUGAAGAGACUUACGUUUACCGAGGAGCUGCAGGCUACUGUUAUGGAGGUGAAGGCCAUACCAGGGCACGGCACCACCAUUGACGUCAUCUUAGUGAAUGGCCGGUUAAAAACCGGAAGUACUAUUAUCGUGGCCGGCCAGGAUGGGCCAAUAGUAACGCAGAUAAGGUCGUUACUCAUGCCACAGCCCAUGCACGAACUCAGGGUCAAGAGCCAGUUUGAGUCUCACAAGGAAGUCUUGGCGGCACAAGGUUGCAAAAUUGCUGCCAAAGAUCUUGAAAAGGCGCUAGCCGGCCUGCCCUUGUAUGUGGCUGAACAAUCAGAUGAAGAAGAUAUAUUUAAGGAAGAACUCUCGCAGAUGUUGAAAGACGUCCUGAGCGACGUAAAAGUCUCGGACAAGGGGGUGUACGUGCAGGCAUCGACCCUCGGCUCUCUGGAGGCCCUCCUAACCUUCCUAAAAACAUCUGAAAUCCCCUACGCGGGCAUAAACAUCGGUCCAGUACACAAGCGCGACAUCAUGAAGGCUUCGGUGAUGCUGGAGCACGAUCCGCAGUACGCCUGCGUUCUGGCUUUCGACGUUAAGAUAGAGAAGGAGGCCCAGGAGAUGGCGGACAGCAUGGCAAUCAGGAUUUUCUCGGCAGACAUCAUCUACCAUCUCUUUGAUAAGUUCAUGGCCUACAGGGAUGAGUUUAAGAAACAGAAGAGGGAGGAGUUUAAACAUAUUGCCGUGUUCCCUUGCAAGCUACGCAUCCUACCCGAGCACAUCUUCAACACGAGGGAUCCCAUUGUGGUCGGCGUGACUGUGGAGGCUGGCUUUGUGAAGGAGGGCACUAUCCUCUGUGUACCUAGUAAAGAGUUCCUAGAUGUAGGUCGAGUCAGCAGUAUCGAGAUUAACCACAAGGUCAUUGAGAAGGCCACGAAAGGUCAAGAAGUGUGCUUAAAGAUUGACAGCAUACCUGGCGAGGCGCCGAAACUCUACGGCAGACAUUUUGAUAAUACUGACUUACUCGUUAGCAAGAUAAGCCGACAGUCGAUCGACGUUGUGAAGAGUUGGUUCAGAGAGGAGAUGUCCAAAUCGGAUUGGCAGUUAAUUAUGGAACUCAAGAAGACAUUCGAAAUUUUAUAAUAAUAAUAAUUUUAUUAUAUAUAUAUAUAUAUUUAUAAAAUAUUAAUUAAUUAAUUAUGACAUAAAAUAUAUUAUAAUUAUUAUAUUUUAAUUAUUAUUAAAUGUAUUUCCUUGAAAUUGUGUUUUUGGUAUUUCACUAAUUAUUUUAUUAAAAUUUUUAUUUUACUCCAGGAAAGUGUACGAGUAUAAGUAGAUAAAUAAUAAUAAAUUAUAAUAGUAAUCGUCAAUCAAUAAUUAUUAAAAUAUAAUAAUUAUUAAUUUUAUUAAAAAAAAUUGAUUUUAAAUCUGUUGUUACUAUUCA